GGGCUCAAUCUUGAUUGUAGAGCGACGGGGCCCUCACUCGACGCAUGUUCCGCUCUCUCUUCUUCUCUUCUGCUCUCCUCUUCUCUCUCCGUCAUGGAUUGAUUCCACGGGAAACCCUCGCCGUUCUCCACGCAGACCGUGUCUCCCCCGAUCCGUGCUUCCCGGGCGCACGUUAAGCAGACUCUCCGUACUCCCACCGUCGCACGGCAGCUUCCGCGGUUUACCCAUUCUUUCUCUAUCUGGUCGUCGUCUUCGUGGAGGGACCAUAUCGUGAGGUGGAAGCCCUAAGUGGGAUGGGACGGGAGCCGCGUCAGGCGGUAGCCCGAUCGUAGCCGAUCUCCCCUCCCCCAUGGGAGGAGGAUGAGGAAGAGGGCGGAGCCGGCGCUGAAGGAGGUCUACGGUCGCACCGACAGGAUCUCGGAACCGGAGGCAUUGUUUUUGAUAGGGUGUUUUUCAAGCUGAGAAAAGGUAUAUGUUUAUAAACAAUAGUCUUCAAAUGAAGGCAGAAUCUGGGACAUGCAACGUUUGCUCUGCUCCUUGCACCUCUUGUGUGCAUCGUAACAUGUCAGCCUCAUUGUCAAAAGUUGAGUGUGGCUGCGAGAGAAAAGAAACGGAUAGGUGGUCAUUCAUUGGGGCCGAUGUGUUGCCUCCUCCUAGGAGCAGAGCAUGCAAUGACCAACAGCAUGCAGCUAGUGAAAUAAGCAAUUUAUUAAGCACAAGCUCCAGUCAUGAUUCGUAUUCUGAGAAUGUUGAAAGUAAAGCAAUAAUGAGGGCUUCUGCUACAUGUGCAUGUGAAGAUGUUGACAUGCCUCCAAAAGUUUCUUCAGGUGAUGCAGCAGUGGAAGAUCAGCCUCUUCCUAGAAUGGCUACUAGCAACCAUCAUGGACUAAAUCCCUCAUGCUGUCACUCUGCACCAAAUUUGCACCAUGGGCAAUUAUUACAUGAAUAUGAAGAGCAGCAUGGAGUAGAAUGCCAUGGGGAUAAUAUGUCAUGCGUCACUGGAGUCAAAGAUGCCAAUGUGCCAGCGUGUGAUCAUAAUGCUGACAUGGACAAGAAAGAUACAUCAUGUAGUUCUGCAUCAACCUGUGAUAUGCUUGCUAAAAAAAAUGAACUGGAGGUACUGGUGGGUGCCCAUCAUGUAUCUCAUCAUCAUGAAAUAGAAGCGAGUGAGAGUAAAUCAGCAGAACUAUAUGCCUGCCCUAGGGAAUCUUUGAGGAAGAAGAACUCUGGUUCUAGCUCUGUGAAUGCUGGCUUUUCUCACAAGUCUGACCUGGCAGAGUUCCCUACCACAAAAAAAGAAUCCUCUCCCAAAGUGCCAUCUUCGCAUUCCCCUUGUCAAAAUGCAUAUGUUGAACUCAGUCCUGAUUCGAAGGAUUUGGAAGGAUAUCUGACUUUUCAACAUCAAGGAGAACCUACUGAAUGCUCGAUGAAUGAUGUGAAAUCUUCUUCUGUAAGACCAUUGGUUUCCAUGAGUAUUGAUAGACAGAAAUCUGCUGCACUACCAAAUGAUGAAGAUUGUAAACUGAGUCAGAUCCGAGUUGACUCCUCAUCAAGGACUCUAAAGGACCAUGAUUCAUGCUCUGAAGCUGAAAUUGCCAUGGAUGGUGAGAAACCAGCUGUUGAAUCUACUAAAUGCAGUAACAAUGGUGAGCAAUUUGGAAAGAAUACUUCCUUGUUGGAGGCAUCCAAUGUGCAAGAGCCUGACAUUCAACAUCAGCUGAUCAAGGAGGGGGAAAAUUCUGAAUCAGACAGUGGAUUAUAUGAUGUAAAGGUAUGUGAUAUAUGUGGGGAUGCAGGUGUGGAGGAACUUCUGGCCAUAUGUAGUAGAUGCAGUGAUGGUGCAGAGCACACUUACUGCAUGCAUAUUAAGUUGGACAAAAUUCCAGAAGGUGAAUGGCUUUGUGAAGAAUGCCACCUCAAGGAGGAUGCUGAAAAUAAAAAAGUUGAUAAAUCUGAUUCAAUUUCUGGAACAUCAAAAGCAGACAACUUGAAAGAAAAAAGUCAGGAUUUUGGAAGUAAUUACAACCCUACAAAUAUAGCUAAGUUGGAUAUUGGAGCUACUGGUACAGAAGUAAGAGGGCCUACCAAAGGAAUACGAAGUCCACAAAAAUCAGGCAAUAUGCAUGCAGACAGUCAGGAGGUUAAUUCAAUGAACAGCAAAAAGAUUUCUGAGAUGGAUGGUGGGUCCAUAGGAACAACCAGUCCAAGGAAAAAUGCUGUCUUGUCUCGAGAAAGUUCAUUUAAGGGCCUGGAUAUGGGAAAGGUAAAGCCAACCAACCUGGCUUCAUCCCCCAGAUGUCCGUUGGCAAAUACUUUCCCGGCCAUCUCCCGCUCACAUAUGUCAAGCUCUAACCCAUCAAGAGUUGAAGCGCAACUUCAUUCACCUCGAGGGCCUCUCUCCAAGCAGCUGUCAUUUAAUAACUCAAACAUGAAGCCAAAAGUCAGACAGUUGAUUGAUAAUUUACCUCAGAAGCAAAAGAUGACAAGAGAAUAUGUUUCCAGCAACAGUAGGAAGGAUGGAGUAGUUAAAACAAUGAUGAAAUCUGCAUCAUUUAAAAGUGUGAGCUCAGGCCGCUCCAAUGUUGAAUCAGUAAAUAAAAUGCAAUCGCUUAAUUCACCUCGAGCUGCUGAACCUAAAGGUUGGAAACCAGUGAAAGAAAGGAAUAUGAUGGAAAGGAAGAAUUCUUUUGUGCUAGAUCGUCCUGUUGUUAGUCCAUCACCAUCAGCUGGCACAUCUGUCCCAAAGAUGGAUCUGAAGAGUUCACAGCAUAAUGGAAAUUUAAGUAAUAAGUCUGAAAAAGGAUCAGAAAAUGUGAAGGAUUCAGGGCAUAAUGAAGUGAAGAAGCAAACAUCAAAUACAUUUAAAAGAUAUGAAUUGUGCAAUGCUGAGGAAGAUUCUCAUGCAAAUCCAUCUGCUAUUGAUAGAUCAUGCUGUGAUGCUGACUCAGUUUUGCAACGCAGUGUGACUCAGGUUCCAGAAUCCUCCCCUAGAGAACAUAAAAUCAAGGACUCUUCCCAUUCUAGCACUUCAAGGCAGGUGUCUUCAAGUGGCAGCCGAGUAUUACGUUGUCAUAAAUGUAAUGAAACAGGCCACACAACGCAGUUCUGCCCAAUUGACAAACUUAGCAUAUCUGCUCUUAAACCUUCUACUGACCGAAAUUUAAGGGAAGGCAGUAAUAAUAGCAAUAAGUGCAGAGAUGCAAUGGAAGCUGCAAAAAUGAGAACAAAGAAGAGCAAUAAAUUGCCAGACCAGUCUGCAUGUUCAAUGCCAAGUACUGAAGUGAGUUAUGAAGUGGCUUCCAAAGAUUUCCAGUCUAGUUCUAGUGGUCUGAAGAGCUUGCCUCAGGAAGGGACAUCUGAUGGACAAGUUAUUUUGCGAUGCUCUGAUGCUGAUUUGGGCCGAAGAGAACCUGCUAUUGAUGCACAGCAAGCAAAACACGCAGUUGAAGCCUCAUUUCUUCCUAAAGAAUGUGAUUCAAAUGCCAUUCCUACCAAUUCUGAUAGUUUGAAUGCGAAUUCUUCUACUCAAAUUUUGCCUGAUCAAUCUUCUUUACUUGCAAAUCCAUUUAGACCUUCAAUAAUCCCAGAAAUUGAAUAUAUAUGGCAAGGUGGUUUUGAGGUGCUUAGGACCGGAAAACUUCCUGAAUUUUUUGAUGGGAUUCAAGCUCACUUGUCAACCUGUGCAUCACCUAAAGUGCUUGAAGUGGUCAGCCAUUUUCCUGGCAAACUGCAAUUGGAUGAAGUUCCUUGCCUUAGGUUGUGGCCAGUGCAGUUUCAGGGAAUGAGCCCCAAGGAAGAUAAUAUUGCCCUUUUAUUCUUUGCUAAAGACAUCGAGAGUUAUGAAAGUGCUUAUGGGAAGCUGUUGGAAAAUAUGCUUAAAAAUGAUUUAGCCCUUCGAGGGAACAUCAAUGAGUUGGAGCUACUUAUUUUCCCGUCAAAUAAGCUACCAGAAAACUGCCAACGUUGGAACAUGUUAUUCUUCCUCUGGGGUGUCUUUAGAGGAAGGACGGAAUGCUCAAAAGUUCUGCCAGAUUUACAGAAGCAGCCUUGUCGGCCAAAGUUAAGCACAGAUCCUUUGGCUCAAGAAAUUUCUUUCCCUUUCUUUGAAGCUUCUACCUCUCAGAAAAUAAAUUCCCAUGAGAGUUCAGAUAAGGAAUUUUCUAGGAGUGAUAGAUUGCUGAAGGUGAAGGCAAUAAAAUCCAGUAUUCAGGUGGAUUGUCUGCCUAUUUCUUCUUCCGGUAUCCAGGAUAGGAUCUGCAACACACAUGAGUCUUCUUUUGUUCAAAAUACUUCAUGUCAGCUAGCUGCUGAGAGUCAACAGCCAUCACAGCUUGCUUCAUCAUUUCCUGUAAGCUGCUUGUCGGAUAGACUAUGCCAGCCACGCAGCUCGCUUGGUGCUUGUCAUGUGCCUGACCUUCAAAUGAGUGCUACGGAAUUGUGCCCUGCUUUGGAAAGGGAGGCUACUUUCCUGUGGAACUCUGGCAGUGAUAUUGACGGCAAAACUCCAGUUCACAUUCAUGCAACUACAAUAGAAAAUCUGAACAGAGCUUUGCCUGCACGAUCAACACACUCAAUUUCUUCAUAUUUUGGGCAAGGUGGUGAAGGCAGCAGAAAUUGUGAUACAAUGAGGGAGAAAGAAAGAUUAAUGAAAGAUGAAGCUGGGUCAGAUAAUGAGCAACAGGAACAUCAUAUGGAGAUUGAUAAGCUCAGCUGGGAGUCAAGGCCUAGAAAGAAACGUGCAUACUCGCCUUCCAUAGAGACAGUUACACACACUUUUUGUGAAUCCUCAAAGAGUACUGAUGAAAUGAUGCUUUGGAGUGAGAGAGCAAACUUCAGUUCUCUUAAAAAUGAAAAAGAAUACAAGAAGAUUAGGAGUUGCAGCGAGAGACAUGCUUCUAGGGAUGCAAAUGGAUCUAGUAGUUUAUUGUUAUGUCCUUUGCUACCUAGCUACAUCAAUGAGAAGCAGCACAUGGAUGGUUUCUGCAAUGGAACAGAAAUGGCUGAGAACACAAGGAGUGCUGAAAGAUACUUCUUUCCUGUGGAUCCGGGUUCUGUGAGAAAUGUUGUAUCAGAGAACAUGCAUGUUCUUUCUUUGGACAAUGAAGCAUUCCCAGAAUCCAGUGCUCCAGAUCUUGAACUUGCACUAGGAGGCAAGAAAAAAUCAUCAGAAAACGGAGUCUUGUCAUUGCUUUUCCCUUUGGUUGACAGAAAAGGCAGUUUAGGCAGCCGGGAUAAACUGCUGGGUCCUGCAAUGGAUGAUGAAGAUGAUAUGUCAGCAUCACUCUCUCUAUCUCUGGCUUUUCCUGGCACAGAAAGGAAACAAACAGACAAACCAUUAAUAAGAACCGAGCAACUUUUGCUGGAGAGGCCUUGCGUUAACACUUCUUUACUUCUAUUUGGCAGAUUUACUGAUACUUGAAUCUAAUUGCGAGUGUAUAUGCCCUGUAAAUUUUCACCUCAGUAUACUUAGAGGAUCAGAAGGGAAGCAUCGAUCUUGCCCAUAUGAUCAUGACCAUAAAAUCCAUUUCUUUUUCUACCUUUUAACUUUUUCCUUUUUUUUUUAUCCCCCUCGUUUCAAUCACUACUUGUUUUUAAAGUACAGAGUUACGGCUGUCUGUAUAGGAGAAAGAAAGCCACAAUCUUAAAAUUAUGCGGGAACCCUGUGGAUAUGUUUCUGUAAGUCCUUACUUGUUUUCUUUGUUUUAUCAUGUUUUUCAAAAAUAUGAAUAUUUUGAGUGGUUUUAGCAGUGGUCUAAAUUUGAUUAUUAGUGAAAUGCUCGUGAUGGCACCUAAGAAGGUAGCCAAAGCUCGUCGUAGGGAUAAGCUGUAUACUAUGGUUGUCUUUGUUUUAUCAUGUUUUUCAAAAAUA